AUGACAGAAGUUUUUCGUUCACUUGGCAGAGGUUCAUUUUAUAUGGAUGGACCCAUGUUCUCAAACUAUACAUUUCUAGUAACCUGUCACCCUAAGAACUUAGAAUAUAUACUCAAAACCAACUUCUCCAAUUUCCCAAAAGGAGAAAGUUUCAAGGAAAUUUUCGAUGCACUUGGUGUUGGGAUUUUUAAUGUGGAUUCUGAUGCUUGGAGACUACAGAGGAAACUGGCUCAUGCAGGGUUGAGAUUAGGAGAAUUUAAAGAUCAAGUUGCUAACACUAGCCGCAAGGUGGUAGAAGAACAGUUAGUACCAUUUCUAGCUCAUGUAGCCGAAGAAGGGUUCAGCAAUGAUUUGCAAGAUGUUUUCUCAAGGUAUGCUUAUGAUAUUAAUAUGGGUAUGGUUUUCGGUAGGUAUGAAAAUUAUCUAUAUAUAGGUCUUCCUUCAAAUGAGAUGGCUGAGAUUACAGAUGCUGCACUGCGUGCCUUAUUGUUCAGGAACGUAGUGCCUCUGUUUGUCUGGAAAUUACAGCGUCUGUUUAGAAUUGGUAAAGAGAGGGUGAUAAUGAAGGCUCAAAAAAUGGUAGAUGAAAACUAUGGUGAAUACAUUUUUCAAAAGAGAAAACACUUGCUUGCCGGAGUUGAAACUGCCGAUCUCUUAUCCAUUUACAUAAAAGCUCUAGCAGAUAAUAGCAGUAAUUUUGCUUCUUUGGCUGGGAAAGACAAUUAUCUUAAAGAUGAAAUGCUGAAUUUAUUCCUAUCAACCGAAAAUCAGUUGUCAAGAAAGACGUACUUCCUGAUGGAAGUGUGGUGA